GUGCCAACAUGGCACCGUGUGUGAGGGCAGGAGGCUCCUUGGCGGCUCCUCUUCCGGACUUUUCUCUCUCAGGCAGAGGGAGGAUCCGGGAACCCUGCCAGGGGCUGACUGUCUGUCUGUCUGUCCCCCCGCAUAUCUGCGUGUCCCUCCGCCUAUCUGUCUCUCCGCACGCACCUCUCCGCACACACGGCAAGAAGGACAGUCCGCAGCAACAUGUCUCAGAAUUCUGACCUGGAGAUGGCCAUCAACACACUGGUCACACAGUUCCACUCUGCUUCAGCUGACAAGGCUGCAACUCUGAAAACUGAUGAAUUCAAAGGCCUUUUGUCCUCCCAGAUGCCUAAUCUGGUCAAGGGGGGCGCAGACCAGGGGUUCAGUGCGAUCCUGCGGGAGAUGGGUGUCGGUGACGGUGAGGGCAUCUCUUUCAAGCAUUUCUGGAUCUUGAUCCAGUCAGUAGCCACCAAACAGUUCAGCCUCCUCAAAGGGCAGACGAGCUCCUCCUGUGGCUGCAUCCUCCAGUGAAGAGGAAACUCUGAGCCCAACUCAUCAGCGCUACGUUUUACACCCUGUUUAACUAUAUGCACAUCACUUUUCUAUUUCUAGGUUCUGACAGGAUACAAAGUAUAGUACAAAGAAGCCAGGUGUUUCCAACAUUUCCAAACAUUCCUUUUUUCUAAUGUAAUGUCUUAUCUGACACACUUCUGCCAGUGUGUACUGCCAACCAGUUAAAUUCAGCCUAAUUGGUAUUUCAUGCAUGUUGGUAUAUUAUUAAACACUAAAAUAAUUAAACGAUCUUAAUAGGAAGUGCCAGAUCUUUAUCCAUUUUGUUAUCAUAAACCACUCUCGGUGUCUUUUUAUAUUCUACGCACUGCAUAUAUCUUCUAGGACAGUGGCAAUUAAUCUAUUUUAGUGAUGUUUACCUGACGUGUUUUCUACCACGACUCCUCUGUUUGAGCUUUCAAGGCAGCAGUGAUUGACAGGUGAUGAUGGGGGGGGGGGGCAAGUUGGAUCAAAGCAUCCUGGUAUGGGUCAGAGAUAAUGAAACUGUUUUGGUAUAGCACAAAUUCCUAAGAUCUUUUUCUAUAACUCGAACUGUCCUUUUAACAGUUUGGAAAAUUAACAUAUGGCCUUGAAAUUAUAUAUUUUUUAAAUAUGUGAAACCUAUUAAUUCGAUGUAUGGUAAUAAUUAUCUGAAAAAUAUACCUUUUGAUUGGUUCUAAAUUUCCGUAUAUUGAACUAUGCAUUCAUGUGAUGGAACGGCUUAAAUUGUGUUCUUAUGUUUCUACAAGUAAUGCUUUAUACUGCAAUUCUGCAUUUUCUUUGUAUUUAUAUUUUGUUAUUCUCUAUUCUGACCUGUAACCCCUUAAGAAAAUGGUGUAAUAAACAAAGAAAUAAUCAAUACUGCAAUUUGA